AUGUCACUAUCGUUCAAUUUAAUAAAAACUUCAGAAAAGUCUUUACGGUUAGGGAGGCUGACUUUAAUAAAAAAUCAUGAACAAAAAGUAUUAGAUACACCAAAUUGUUUGGCUUAUACAAGUCGUGGUUGUGUUCCACACUUGACACCAGAUAAUUUGUCAAGUAUUCCUUUAAAUGGAGCCAUAAUCGUUACGUUAGAACAUUUUAUAGAUGUACAACCACCACCCUCCACGCAAUUUCCAUAUGGAAUACAUAAGUUUUUAAAUUUCGAAGAAUAUAUUGUAUUUAUUGAUGUUCAUGAUCCCGGAAACCUAAAACCUAAAUCUAAUAACACGGACAAGCAUGUUUCUGUAUAUACGGUUCAUGGAGUGCGUCAACCCGAUAUUUUCGCUAGUUUAGCUGAUAAUAUUACAGAUGAAGCACCAAGUGUGAAGCGAGUAAAGAGAUCUGUUGAUAGAACAUUAAGAUGGCUUGAUGAUGCGAUCAAUCACAUAAAGGAAAGUACUCAAGUAUUUGGAGUGUUAACCGGACACAAAAAUCAAGAAGAACGAAUCAGAUCGGCUCAAGAGACAGCGAAGAGGAAUGUCGCUGGAUUCGUUCUAAACGGAAAAUGUUUAGGAAGCACAUCUAGAGAGUGUAUAGAUAUAUUAAAAUCAUCAAUCAAUCAUCUACCAUCCAACAAACCUCGUUUGGCAUAUGGAUUAGGAACACCAGAGGAUAUUUUAUUAGGUGUGUCUGAAGGAAUUGAUUUAUUUGACACAAGUUAUGCACUCGAAAUGACCAAUGCAGGAAAUGCUUUUGUAUUUUCACUGGAUAUAAAGGAUGAUAUAGAUUCUUUUAAUCGACAACAAAUUAUAAGUUUGUGGGAUGUAAACUAUCGUAAUGAUGUUCGGCCUUUAUUGGCCGGAUGUCAGUGUUAUUCAUGCAAAAAUCAUACUCGAGCUUAUGUUCAUCAUUUACUUAAUACUCAUGAAAUGCUUGCUACAUCACAAUUUAUUCCAUUACACGGAAUUUUUCAAGAAUAUUAG